UCUUGUCAGUGGGUGUGUGCGCCGCGCGCCGUUUGCGUGUCCUGCUGGCAGGAUGAAAGUGGUCGUGGCACAGCAGUGAUGUAGUAGCGGAGCUCGCAGAGACUCCGCGACCAACCGUCUGUCACUUUCGCUGGGGAUCAUCAUCUGUCCGACGUUAACGCGCGAGGGGAAAGACUGGAUGCGUUUCCUUGCGCAGUUACACCGAGUGAAUGUGCCGCGCAAUGCGACCAAGAACAGCUGACUGUGGAGGAUAUAUUCUUGCCCCAAAACGGGUUUGUUGGAGUAGCUAGUGCUAGCGCAGAGCUAACGACUGUGCUGGCUGUUUGGAACGACAACGGCGAGGAUGCUUCGGUGGAUACGACAGCAGUUGGGCUUUGACCCCCCUCAUCAGAGUGACACCAGGACAGUUUAUGUAGCAAACCGAUUUCCCCAGAAUGGCCACUACAUACCACAGCGCUUUGCAGACAACAGAAUCAUCUCAUCUAAGUACACUGUUUGGAAUUUUGUUCCCAAGAACAUGUUUGAGCAGUUCAGAAGAAUAGCAAACUUCUAUUUUCUAAUUAUUUUCCUUGUGCAGUUAAUGAUAGAUACUCCAACCUCACCAAUCACCAGUGGGCUCCCGCUCUUCUUUGUGAUCACAGUUACGGCUAUAAAACAGGGCUACGAGGACUGGUUGAGGCACAAGGCAGAUAAUGAAGUGAAUGGAGCUCCAGUGUUUGUGGUUCGAAGUGGAAGUCUGGUCCAAACGAGAUCUAAAAACAUCAGGGUGGGAGACAUUGUUCGUGUGGCGAAAGAUGAAACGUUUCCAGUUGACUUGGUGCUGCUGUCAUCGGAUCGUGCAGACGGGACUUGUCACAUCACCACAGCCAGCCUCGAUGGAGAGACCAACCUCAAAACUCACUUCUCUGUGCCAGAGACAUCAGUGUGUCAGUCAGUGUCCCAACUGGAGGCUCUGCAGGCUGUGGUUGAGUGUCAGCAGCCAGAAGCCGACCUCUACAGAUUCGUAGGCCGCAUCACUGUGAUUCAACAUGGGGAAGAAAUUGUCAGACCAUUGGGUCCGGAGAACUUGCUGCUGCGAGGAGCCAGGCUGAAAAAUACGAAAGAGAUUUUUGGUGUGGCAGUUUACACAGGAAUGGAAUCCAAGAUGGCCCUCAACUAUAAAUGCAAGUCCCAGAAACGCUCUGCAGUCGAGAAGUCAAUGAAUACUUUUCUUAUCAUCUACCUGGUCAUCCUGCUGUUUGAGGCGAUCCUCAGUACCAUCCUAAAGUAUGCUUGGCAGGCUGAGGAGAAAUGGAAUGAGCCAUUCUACAACCAGAAAACUGAACAAGAGAGAAACAGCAGUCCGAUUCUGAAGUUUAUAUCUGACUUUCUGGCAUUUCUGGUCCUCUAUAACUUUAUCAUUCCCAUCUCGCUCUACGUUACCGUGGAGAUGCAGAAGUUCUUGGGGUCCUUUUUCAUUGGCUGGGAUUUAGAUUUGUACCAUGAAGAAUCGGAUCAAAAAGCUCAAGUCAACACGUCUGACCUGAAUGAAGAGUUGGGACAGGUAGAGUACGUGUUUACUGACAAAACGGGCACACUAACAGAAAAUGAAAUGCACUUCCGUGAGUGUUCAAUAAAAGGAACCAAGUACCGUGAAGUUAAUGGCAAACUGUUACCAGAGGGAAUGACAGACGACUCACCAGAUGGCUCUGUGGCUCACCUGAUAGGCGAUGAAGUCCUAUUUCUCAAGGCAGUGUCGUUAUGCCACACUGUUCAGAUCAGCUACGACCAGCCGGACCUCCCGCUUGGAGCAUCAGACCCAUUCUCUCACGUUAAUGGGUUUUCUUCCAAUCACAUGGAGUACUAUGCUUCUUCACCAGAUGAGAAGGCUUUAGUAGAGGCAACAAAAAGGAUUGGAGUUGCCUUCACUGGAAGCAGGGGAGAGACCAUGGAAAUCAAUACAUUUGGCAAGUUGGAGAAGUAUAAACUACUUCAUCUGCUGGAGUUUGACGCCAACCGCAGGAGGAUGAGUGUCAUAUUACAGACUCCUUCAGGAGGAACAGUCCUCUUCACCAAGGGUGCCGAGUCAGCCAUCUUGCCUUUUGCCACUAGUGGGGAGAUUGAAAAAACAAGACUCCAUGUUGAUGAGUUUGCCCUGAAAGGUUUGCGGACCCUUGUGGUUGCAUGUCGACACUUCAGUCCAGAGGAGUACAUGGAUGUGGACAAGCGCCUGACAGCUGCUCGCACUGCACUGCAGCAGAGAGAGGAGAAGCUACAGGAGGCUUUCGACUUCAUCGAGAGAGACCUGCAGCUUCUGGGAGCCACAGCAGUGGAAGACAAGCUUCAAGACAAAGUCCAGGAGACGAUUGAGGCUUUGCGACUGGCAGGAAUCAAAGUUUGGGUGCUGACUGGGGAUAAACAUGAAACGGCGGUCAGCGUCAGCCUGUCUUGCGGCCACUUUCAUAGAACCAUGAACAUCUUGGAGCUUCUGCAACAACGCUCUGACAAUGAGUGUGCUGAGCAGCUCCGCAGACUGGCCAGAAGGAUCAAAGAGGACCACGUCAUUCAGCAUGGCUUGGUUGUAGAUGGGGCCAGUCUGUCUUUAGCUCUUAGGGAACAUGAGAAGCUGUUUAUGGAAGUGUGCAAGAACUGCUCCGCUGUGCUGUGCUGCCGUAUGGCCCCGUUGCAGAAAGCUAAGGUUGUGCGACUUUUGAAGACUUCCCCAGAAAAACCCAUCACUUUAGCAAUUGGGGAUGGGGCUAAUGAUGUCAGUAUGAUACAAGAAGCCCACGUCGGCAUAGGUAUCAUGGGAAAGGAAGGUCGUCAGGCCGUGAGAAACAGUGACUAUGCAAUUGCCAGGUUUAAGUUCCUGGCUAAACUACUGCUGGUCCACGGUCACUUCUACUACAUUCGAAUUGCUACCCUUGUACAGUACUUUUUCUAUAAGAAUGUUUGUUUUAUUACACCGCAGUUUUUAUACCAGUUCUUCUGUUUGUUUUCACAACAAACUCUGUAUGACAGUGUUUAUCUGACACUCUACAACAUCUGCUUCACCUCGCUGCCCAUCCUGGUGUACAGUCUGUUUGAACAGCUGGUCCACCCACACGUACUGCAGAGUAAACCCUGCCUGUACAGAGAUAUCCGCAAGAACUCCCUGCUGUCUUUCCGGACGUUCUUGUACUGGACUGUGCUGGGCUUCUGUCAUGCCUUCAUCUUCUUUUUUGGAUCCUACAUACUUAUGGGAGAAGACACAACUCUUAUGGGCAACGGGCAGAUCUUGCGAGCUAACAGGCAGCUGAUGUUUGGGAAUUGGACGUUUGGAACACUUGUUUUUACAGUGAUGGUGAUUACUGUCACAUUAAAGAUUGCAUUAGAGACUCAUUUUUGGACCUGGAUGCACCAUUUUGUGACCUGGGGCUCUAUUGCAUUCUAUUUCAUCUUCUCUUUAUUCUAUGGAGGCAUUAUCUGGCCGUUCCUGCACACCCAGGAUAUGUACUUUGUUUUUGUGCAGCUUCUAUCCAGCGGUUCAGCGUGGUUUGCCAUCAUCAUCAUCGUCAUCAUUUGCCUGUCUCCUGAUGUGUUUAAGAAGGUCCUCUACAGACAUCUGCAGCCCACCAGCACCCAGAAGAGCCAGCAGUCUCUAUCAGCCCCCCCAGCGCAGGCCCUCAGCUGUAUGGAGUCCCUGUGCUGCUACCAACAAGGGCAAAGUGGCUGUUCCCGCUUGGCCAGCCUCCUGGACCAAAUGACUGGACAUUGCAAAGCCGGCGCCAGCAAUUGCCACACAUCCAGCCGCUGCAACAGGUCUUGGAGCGACACAGAGACUUUCUACUCCAACGAUCGCAGCAUCCUGACGCUGUCGCCCAUCGAGGGCACCCGCUGCUGAACCCCACGGCCGCUGACUUUAACACAAAUGGGAAACAAGCAAGCCUCCACUCACCUUUGAGUUGCUAUUCCACCCCCUCCAUCACCAUUUUAUGAACCUGCUUUAGCCUCGACUUAAAGCAUCUUCAGCUGGAAAUAGUUGAGCGGAACAGGUUGAGUGAUGCAGGCUGCUUCAUUAAACAUCCUCACAAAAAGAGUGAAAAUGACACCUGAGCUGUGCUGCACAUCAAAGGGAAUGAAGGCAGACAGCCUGGCUCAGGCUCAACACCUCUGGAUCUGCAGCGUCAGUCCCUACACCAGCUGGAAAAUUCCUAAUUCCUGCCAAGUUCAGGGGUUUCAUCUGUCCUGGAGAAUAGAAAUGUAUCUAAAAUACAUAGAUUGUUCUUUUUUUUUUCUUGGAUCAGUUGCCAAACAUUUUUGCUGCAACUGGCAGGACGCAUAAUGAACUCUCAAGAGCAGGAGAAUGAAAAUCGAAGGGCCCGUGCUUGUUUUUGUUUAUUUCUAUAGAUGCAAAUAUAAUCUUCUGCUCAAAGCUCUGUAGCCCAACAUCCAGGGUUGCUCCUGUAGCACCGCAGUCAGAUCAUCCAGAUCAAACAUCUGGCAAGAAGCUAAGGUCUGAUCUCGGUUGUUUCCUUCAUGUUUGAACUUGUAGUGCUGGUGUCUCUACGCCCUCUGCUCCACUGCUGCACCCUCUUUCCUCAGAUCUGAGAGGUUAAAAAAAAAGCUGGAACCACCGUAGCAUCUUGGACCUCAUCUCCCUGAGCCUCAUCUGGCGCUUCACCUCCACUGUGUUACCAAAGACUAAAGGAUUCUUGUGCCUGAUUGUACAGACGCUUAUUUUGUUAAGAAGACUUGUUAGUUUGUGCUGCUUUCUUGUUGAUCUUCCACUUCUGAGGGAGGCCAGAUAUCUAAAAAGCCAUACGUUCUGCAGAUGUUGUUGAUGAAAUAGUAAAGGUACUGUAGAGCUGUUACACCUUUUUUUCCCCUUUGAAUGCCUUCUCUCCAUCAGCCUGAUGGUCAAAAACAUCUGAGCAUUAAAGACUGAGAGAACCUGGACUGUUUUAAGGCACAACAUGACUGGAACAUCCAUGCAAAUGUCUGGAAAACUCUCCUGGAGGGUUGGAUUGGGAAACGUUUGUGUCGGGGGCCAACUUUAAUGCAGAGAAGCGUUUUUGAAAUCCCGGCUGUUGCACGGUAGACAGCAGAAUGUCUCCAUAUUUACUAGAGAAAUAUAUAUAUAUAUAUAUAUAUAUAUAUACAUUUAGAAUACAGAAUUCACUUUUAGGGGAGAGGAACGGCAUUUCACGAAGCUCGCAUAUCAAAAGUUUCAUUUUUCUUCAUGUUUUUCGCCAAAAACCAAUCUCUGUUUGUCACCAUUGAAGUCAUUUCAUAGUUUUCCAUUGACGUUGUUUUUGCUGUGUGUGUGCUGACGUUUAUUGUUCCGUCGCUGUAGUGUAAGCUCCACAGGUCAGAUCUGUCUCAGGUCACACGUUUGUCAGGCGGUUUGAAACCCUCCUUUCCCUCCACACACACACACACACACACACACACACACCCACUCACCCACACUCGUCGCUGAAAGGCUGAAGACGUUCCCCGGCAGCUCCGAUUUAGUUUGUUGAUCUCAUUUUCAGAAGGGUCCAUGUUGAAUUCUGUACAUGUCAGUGCAGAUUGCUCACUGAAGAGUGUGUAUUUAUUCUUGUCAUUUGUUCACGUUGUUGUUUUCAUGCAUCGUAGUGUUUCUGCACAUGUUUUCGGCUGUUUUAACGAGCGAGUGAAAGCUUCCAGGUGCAGAAUAGAACCGCCACGCCGUUGCUCCUCCUUUUCUUUCAACCAGUUGACCUCACAGGUGUCAGAAGAAAACACCUGAUCUGUUCCUGACGUGUCUCAGUCGGAGCUUUGUCUGUGACGACAUUGAGACUGACUUUAGAGAUGGAUGCAAUCCAGCAGAUUGUUUUUUUGUUUUUGGUUUUUGGUCUGAUAAGAGGCGGGCCCUCAAAGUCGUUUGGCGUUCAGGAAGUGGCCGUAACCUCAAGAGUUGCAAAGCUAAAAAAAAACAAAACUUUCAACUUCAAAAAGGCGCAUGACAGAGGUGUUGUGUUCUCAGUUUAGUUCCUAAAACUCCUAAGUUGAAGAAUAUUUGACUGUUGUGGCCUUGCACAUGUCAAAGGAGGGUCUAAAAGCACUUGGUGACACGUCACAAAUGUUUUCUUUUGGUGGCUGCUUCUGUCUGUUUUCAGCCUUCUAGUCAAGAAUUCUGCUGCACUUCUCUUCAAGUUUUCUGUGCGUAUUUAUUUAGGCAGAAUAUUCUUCGUUUUCGGGAGGAUGUUGAUUUUCCAAACUCUUUGUGCAUCAAAAUCUAACACUUCCUGUCUUAGUGGUGAACCUGCUGUUGAAAUCUGCUUUUCAGUGUAAACGAUGCCCACAAGUGCCGUCAGGAACGUCAGAUCUGUCUGAUUAAACACAAGCGCAUCAGUAAUACGGGUAGUUUUCCCUCAUGGUGGUACAAGCUUAAUAACCUCUGGCUUUUGGGCCAUUUUAGGACGUGGUUGUUGUGGGUUUCUGCCUGAUGAUUCAAGCCGAUGAGCACGAGUCCCUCCUGGCCAGAGGCAAACGAGAGGAACGUGUGGAAAUGUGCGGAUCUGAUGCCCUCUUGUGUUCAGUGGGUCUGAAUAAUUGGUAGCUUCAUCAGAAGUACACUUUCAAUCGAUUGAAGCAGUUCUUCUAAAUACGAGCGGAAGUGACGGAUGACAUGGAAAAGGGCUUGAUUCCAUCUCCGGCGUCAUUCCAGCGCCGUUCAUUAGGUUUGAAUGGAAGCCCUCUGGGAUGUUCCACAAGCAGGAGAUUACUCAAGCAUGUCAUUUGGAAUGGUGGUUUAAUAUUUUAUCGCCCUUCAACCUCUGAUUAUUGCCAUGUCAUUCAUCAGAGGCACCGUCCAAAUUCAAUUGGAUACCCUAUUGAAAGAAAUCCUAGUCACAUCUGUUUGAAUGCGUCCUCGUCUUCCGCUCUGGGGUUAUCUGCUCAUUUGGAGGCUCACGCUGCCACAGAAACGGCCACUCGUGUAUUGUGUCCUCCUCUGCAGGCUGAAGCCCCGCCCCCCAAUGCAUGAAACUGUGGUUACUGUAAGGUGAUACGUGUCUGACUGAUGUCCCAUCAGUGCAGAAAUGCAUUUAAAGGCUGUAAUCCAAUGACGGUUUCCUUGAUCCGAUCAGUUCAAAAGUGAGGCUCUUAAUUAAAAUGUCAACCCAUCGGUUUAGUGCAGCAGGCGUUUCUUCCCAAAGCAGCAGCAGCAGCAGCAGCAGCAGCAGCAGUGGGUCACACCAGCCUUUUUUUUUGAAGCAAUCUCCCUCCGUCUUCACAUCAAUAAAUCCCGCCGCCGCACCAGACAUUGAUAUUGAUCAUCACUCCUCUGAUGACGCUUUCUCAUGCUGUCUGUUCUGCUCCUCCUGUCUGUAAAUCUGUCUUAUAGCUAAAGAUUUAUUUACUAAAUAAAAACAUUUUUACACA